CUCGUCCACGGGUGCGCCAGUCCCGACCCAGGGAUCAUCUACAUCGACUCCAGCACCGUGACUGUGAGGCUGCACCACAACAACGCCACCGACUACACCUUCGCUAUCAUCCUAACGGCCAGACUGGUCAACAAGUCGCCCACCACCGACACCAACUGCAGCGGGUUCAAGUGCGAGAACGGCGCCUGCAUCUCCAAGUCGCUGAUGUGUGACGCCGUCGACAACUGCUUCGACUACAGCGACGAGUCCAGCAACGGGACGGCUCACUGUGAAGCAGGCCAAUGGCCAUUUCCUGGAGAGAACUGGGGAGUUCUGGCCAGCGUUCUGGGAGCGGCAGUUGUGUUGGGGGUCACGGCCGCUUGCUGUCGUCACAUCCGGGCUAAACGGGAGAGCUCAGUGGAUGACCUAUACGAGCUGAAUGAAGGACCUUAUGUUCAUAAAUACGCCUACAGGUACGCUGUGAUCCGGCCGCCCAAGAAACCAAACAAAACCAACUUUGUCUUAGGGCGUGACGGCCAUAUGCACAGUAGCGCGUCCAACGUAUGACGUCAGCUCAUAGUACAACAUAUAAGUGCCUGAUCUACACAUUCUCAUUCAACAACAGACCACGUGACCCAUCAGCCACCCCCUCCCGAGAGGUCACCACGAAAAUGACCUGAGGUCUACUUGACCAAUGGGGACAACCAGGGGCGUCAACUCCCACAAAACUCACCCAAGCCGGAUGUACCUUGCCAUUCUACAUGGACUUGUCAAUCAAAAAAUGUCCGUUUUGCCAUCAUUGUCAUU